UCCUUCCUUUUUAUUUUGUUAUUAUUCUUUUUUAUACUUUGUGCUUUAAUUCUCGUAUACUUUUCCUACUAUCCCACGAUACCACCACCCACCCAGAUCGAUAAGCAAGCAACCUCCCAAAACUAAAAUUUACAUCUUUUCCCGAUUCAGAUCAAACCAAGCACCCAGAUCGAUCGCCGUUGCCUCCGCCACUUGCUAAAUCCAGUCAGAAGAGAGAUGGGAGCAUUCGCAUCGAGGUUUUGGUUCAUGAUGUUCCCUGCGAAAGAGUACAAGAUCGUUGUCGUUGGUUUGGAUAACGCCGGUAAAACGACGACGCUUUAUAAGCUUCACUUGGGUGAAGUUGUCACCACUCAUCCUACCGUUGGAAGCAAUGUCGAAGAGCUCGUUUACAAGAACAUCCGCUUCGAGGUUUGGGAUCUUGGUGGGCAAGAUAGGCUCAGAACAUCAUGGGCAACUUACUACAGAGGAACGAACGCUGUAAUCGUGGUUAUCGAUAGCACAGACAGAGCCAGAAUCUCUUUAAUGAAAGAUGAGCUAUCCAGAUUACUCGGGCAUGAGGAUCUUCACAACUCGGUCAUACUCGUCUUUGCAAACAAACAGGACCUCAAGGAUGCUAUGAGCCCAGCUGAGAUCACGGACGCGCUUAACCUUCACAGCAUCAAGAACCAUGAUUGGCACAUUCAAGCAAGCUGUGCAGUCACUGGAGAAGGCUUGCAUGAUGGGCUUGGUUGGAUUGCCCAGAAAGUUACUGAGAAACCUCCAAGUUAAGAGCAAGUGUCAUAAAUUGAAUCACAUAACGUUGAACCUUCACAUUUUCUCUUUAUGGUUAAUUGAUUUCUCUUUUUAUACAGUGUAUUAAUUCCACUCUUCAUGUGAUGAGUUUCAUGCAUUUGGUUUACUCUGAUUGAAUAGUUAAGUGAAACAUACACUAAGUUA